CAGGUAAACCUACUCGACCCCUUGAGAGCAGACGGCUCUCUUGUUCUUCAAGUGUGUGUAAAAAGGCGAUGCUUUCUGGGGCUUUGUCUGCAGCUCCAAGUUGCUUGUUUUGGGCUUAUUUUGACAGUCUCCGUUCCUUGUUUCUUUUGCGGUAUCUGGCAACACAGUUAACCGUUUGCUAACACUAAGCUUCGGUUCAAAGUGCAUCUGCUAAACGUACAUUACACUGACUGUCGUUAAAACACUCGGGCUUUCGGUUAGAGGUAAGCUAGCAUUGUGUUGCUGGACGGUAUUCCAAACGAGUGUUAAUAUCUAACAGCUUUCUGUUAGGAAAUAUGUGGUCAAUUGGACAGUUAUACAACAGUUGAAGUGAUUUAUCGAUGAUGCAUCCUCGAUUUUAAGUACUUCGUAUUUUUUUCAUCAAAUCUUUUCAUAUUUUUAUAGAACUAUCGUAUCCCAACUUUUUAAAAGGACUUAAAUGAAAACAUGUUUUCGAGGAUUGCAUUUGGCUCUCAGAUAUUUCGGUCGAACGUCUUUUUUUUCAAGCCAGUUAAAGCUUUACAAAAAUCAAGGACUUUCCCUGCUCAAAGCGUUUGUGCAAUACAUGUGGACAGUCCUCCCAGCAUCCCCACUCUCACCACCAGCUAUGCCCACGGCACCUCCUCCAAGUCCCUGCUGUGCAGUACAGUCGGCGAGACACUCCAGGCUGCGGCCGAACGCUGGCCAGACCGGGAGGCUUUGGUGUUCCUGCAGGAUGGGGUCCGCAAGACCUUCUCGCAGUUCCAGCAGGAUGUGGACCAGGCUGCUGCCGGCCUCCUAGCCAUGGGCCUAAAACGAGGAGAGAGACUGGGCGUUUGGGGACCCAACACAUAUGAGUGGGUUCUGUUCCAGUAUGCCACAGCCAAGGCUGGCAUUAUACUGGUGUCUGUGAACCCAGCCUACCAGUUGAAGGAGUUGGAGUUGGCUUUGAGGAAGGUGAGAUGCAAUGCUGUUGUGUGCCCGACCCAGUUUAAGACCCAGAAGUAUUGUGACGUGCUCCGGCAGAUCUGUCCAGAGAUCGACACUGCUACCCCAGGGUCUGUCAAGAGCGCCAGACUCCCUGACCUGCGCAUGGUGAUCGUGACCGACAGCCGUCAGCCAGGGAUGUUCCACCUGGAGGACGUGAUGCAGGCCGGGAGCAGCCAACACAUGCGACAGCUGGAGGAGCUGCAGAAGAGACUGUCCUUCGACGACCCCGUUAACAUUCAGUUCACAUCGGGCACAACAGGCAUCCCCAAAGGAGCCACCCUGUCCCACCACAACAUCGUCAACAACGCCUACUUCAUCGGCAUGCGAGUGGGCUAUGAAUGGAGGCCUCGGGUGCGCAUCUGCCUGCCUGUUCCGUUGUACCACUGUUUCGGCUCGGUGGGCGGCGGCAUGGUCAUGGCCAUUCACGGCGCCACGCUGGUCUUCCCCUCGGCUGGGUACGACGGCCAUGCCAACCUGGUGGCUAUAGAGAAAGAAAGGUGCACCUUUGUCUAUGGAACUCCGACGAUGUUCAUUGAUCUGCUGGGUCAGCCUGACUUGGCCAAGUUUGACCUCUCGUCAGUGGAGGCAGGCAUCAUGGCUGGUUCCCCUUGUCCACCUGAGGUUAUAAAGAAGGUCACUUGUACCCUUGGCAUUAAGGAGCUCAUUAUUGCCUAUGGAACCACAGAGAACAGCCCUGUAACAUUCUGUGGCUUCCCGAUAGACAACAUUGAAAGAAGGUCGGAGACCGUCGGGUGCAUUUCCCAUCACAUCGAGGCUAAGGUAGUGGAUCCUUCCUCUGGAGAACUUCUGCCCCUCGGGGUGACAGGAGAGCUGAUGAUCAGGGGCUACUGUGUGAUGCUGGGAUACUGGGAUGAUGUGGCCAAGACGGACGAGUGCAUUACUAAAGAGGGCUGGUAUAAGACUGGGGACAUCGCCAAGCUGGACAAUUAUGGCUACUGUCGCAUCGAGGGCCGCAUCAAGGACAUGAUCAUACGAGGGGGGGAAAAUAUAUACCCGGCUGAGAUUGAGCAGUUCCUACACACUCAUCCUAAAGUCCAGGAAGCCCAGGUGAUAGGUGUACCAGAUGCGCGUAUGGGAGAGGAGGUGUGUGCCUGCAUCAGACUGAAGGAGGGCCAGGAUUGCAGUGCAGAGGACAUCAGAGCUUACUGCAAGGGCAAGAUGGCUCAUUUCAAGAUCCCACGCUACGUGACAUUUGUGAAUAGCUACCCGCUCACUGUUUCAGGGAAGAUCCAGAAGAACAAACUACGUGAGCAAAUGGUGACGCUUCUGUCCCUGUGAAAAGAAUGUGGGAACGUGGCUAUGGCUCCGUCCUCAGAUGCCUUCUUUUUUUUUUUUGCUCUGCCACAGCAGCUGCUGGAAGCCAGUAUACUUUGAGCCAGUUGGGCAUUUCAGUGCUUUUAUUUUUCAGAACUGGUUGAAACAGUUUUAUUAGAAACAGGAUCAUGAAUAAAAA